AUGGAAACAGACAAAUACCAGUACUCCCCACUAUCGGGCUCGCGCCAAAUUCGUCUUCUCAAGUUACAUCCCAGGGGCAAUUCAGAGGACUCGCAGCUCUCCGUGGACCUCAUCACCGUACCUCUCGAUGAGGCCCCUCCGUUCGAAGCCCUGUCGUACGCAUGGGGCGACCCUCUUCCGCAGACAGAGAUCCGCUGCUCUGGUCUGAAAGCUACGAUAGGGCUCAGUCUCCACGGUGCGCUGCGCCAGCUGGCCCCCCGCGCUCCGGAGCCUGGCCGGUUGAUCUGGGCAGACGCGCUCUGCAUCAACCAGGAGGACAUCCCUGAGCGGAACGCCCAAGUCCGAAUCAUGAGCCAGAUUUAUGCGGCGGCAUCUAAGACGGUGAUCUGGUUGGGUGAUGAAGAUGGCCAUGUCGCCCGGGCGAUGGAGUCUCUGGAGCGCUUCCUCGUGGCCGUGAAGACAUUUGACUGCCCCGAAGGCGCUACAAACUCCUGGGACGACAUUUACUUCAAGUCUCAGGGGCCAAACAAGCUGCCGAUGGCCUUGAAGACUCUUCAAAAAACCUUUGGUGGCGAAGCAAGCCGGAUCGAGGCAUACGGGGACAUAUGGAUGCUGCUGCGGCGGCCCUGGUUCUCGCGCAAGUGGGUGAUCCAGGAGCUGGCCAACUCGGAACACGACACUUUCCUCGUGGCCGGCCCAAAGAGUCUGGCAUGGGAGGCCGUGGAGGCGUUCUUCCUUGUGGUGGUGCAGUGCCCGGGGACCGUGGGGCUCUUUCGCAAAAGCUGCACGUGGAGCCUCGAGACUCCUCCUGCUGCCAUGUCCUCUGCGAUGCACCGGGCGAAGACGCUCGCCUUGUUCCUUGACGAGGAUACACCGCUGUUAGUGCAGGUGGCACGCACGCUCCAUUUCCUGUGUGCGGAUCCCAGGGAUCACAUCUUUGCCAUAUUGGGUAUCUCGAAGAACAACUCGGCCUAUGAGGAUCUCAUUGACUACGACAGCCCGAUGGCGGUGCUCUCCCGCCGCCUGGCCCAGGCGUCUCUCAACGACCCCCGGGACCUGCAAGCUUUGUGGUCAUUUGGUUCUGUUCUCUCUGCUGAUCAUCGACAAUCCGUCUGCUCGGUCUCUUGGAUGCCCAAUAUUGAAAAGCUGCAGGCUAUGCACCCUCUGUCCGCUUCCAUGUGUGUGACAUCGCAUCAGGUAAGCCGAUUCGCAAGUGCCUCUGGAAACACAAGGUUGGCUGCUUCGGUGAGGGGAGGCCAGCUGCAUAUUAUGGGACGGGUUGUGGACCGUCUUGAAGAACUGACAAAAGACGAGAGCCAUUGGUACGAGGCGAUCUGGGGUGUUUCUGGCACACAACUGGCUGGCGCUCUCCGGGAGGCCAGGGAAAUCGAUCGUUGGCUGGAUGACUGCCAGGCGAUCUCUGAUGCGGCCCACAAGGAUGAAAAAAGCUUUCUACAUGCCUUGUUCAAUAGCGAGUUGGAAGCUCUAGCACCACAAGAAUACUACCGGCGCGUAGAGCCGGCCAUGAAAGCGUUCCCAGAAUAUCGACGGUUUGAAAAGGCCUUGCAUUCUGCUGAAGACGAGAAACAGGCUGCGGAGAUUCUGGCCACCGCGUUUCCCUUAUCCACCAGAAUGUCCUUUGCUCCCAUACCCGACCUGCUCUUCAGCAUGAUGUAUAGGCGCUUUGGUCGCACAAUGAAUGGGAGACUGGGUUGGGCCCCGCGCACAGCCGAGGCAGGGGAUCUCGUCUGUGUAUUUGAUGGCAUGGCUCUGCCAUAUGUCGUGCGCCCGAAGCGGGAGACCGAGGGGGUUUACGAGCUUGUUGGAGAGUGCUUCAUCUCAGGACUCUUGUCUGGUCAGGCCAUGAACAUGGUUGGCAUUCAGUCUACCGAGAUUAAAUUAGAGUAA